AAUGAGCAGUGAUGUUCUCCUUUGUUGUCAAACGUGCACUGACGGCAGAGCUGAGCGAUUCCGGGGACAGGCUAUCAACUUGAGUUAGCUUACCAAUAAGGUAAUGUGUUUGUUUUUAUUUUAUUUGAAAAUAUUUGUAAACUGCUUUUUAUUAAAAGAUAAUCGCACGGUUGCCCUUGCACCAUUUAGCUACGUUAGAGUUGAGUCGGGAGACAACCGAAAAAAACAGGAAGAGGCCUAACGUUACCGCUUUACAGUCAUGCCUCGAGCUGUGGUAGCAGCAGCAGCUAGCAUGACUCCUCAUAGUCAUACUGAUGUAGUAAGCUAGCUAGCGCAUAUGUGCUAUUUUUGCUACAUCAUUUGGUCAAACUUUAGCAAUCCCUUUAGUUUGUGCUCCUUUUGGGUCCGUUUUUAAGUAGCAUUUGAAAAUAUACCAUAAAGAGCUAGUGAACUAGCUCGCUUCUAGGCUAGCAUGCAAUCGGUUGUUUAUGACUAUGUCUGGCGUUAGCUGGCUAGCUAACGUUAGUACUAGUCAGAAAAUUGGUCCCUGCUUGGCCACUCAGCAUUGAAUGAACUUGACUCACAACACUCCACACUAGGGCCACGUUUAGUAGGUCGAACGAUGCAGAUAGAAUUGAUCUGACAUGAUUCCUUAUUUUACAUGUCAGACGAUAUUUUCCACAACAUUGUGCCCUACUGAAUGUGCCCAGGUUAGCCUAUAGUAGCCGACUAGUUGAGUUUAAUAGGCUACCUAAAUAGUUACAUUGUGAAGUAGUAGCUAAGUGUCCAAAGUCAUGAUUAUCUGACAACGGCAUGGAGUGUCAUAGUGCCCAGCCUAGGAAGGUUACUACUAUGUAGCUAGCUAGGCUAUUUGUAAGUACUGUUGUGUCUCUCUAUUAUUCUCACCAAAUAGCACAGUAUAUCAUAUACAAAUAGGAUAGACCUCAAAUAAUACAUUAUCUGUGCUUUUAGUAGGGCCAAUUUCAUAUUCAGCAGGACAAGUCCCAUUUAAUUAUGUAAAAUAAUAAUAAGUGUCUGUGUUUUUCAAAACACUUGCCUACACAUUAGCUUAUGAGAGUGAAAAUUGAAUUACUGACUUGGAGUCUUGCCACAAGGGCUAUUCGUAUGAUUGUUUUGGUUAGACAGAGCUACGUGCAUACAUUAGCAAAGUAUUAAAGUUGUCUUGCUAUUAAAAAAAGCUGAUCAGCCUCUUAAAUGUAAGAAAUGCAGUAUUAACGGUUAAUUGAAGGCCAACCAUUUUAUUCAAGUCAUUCUGUCUCUUCACUUGUUUCCUUUCCUCUCUCCCCUCCCCUCUCUUUCCCCUUUCUCUCAUUCUCUUGCCUUAUCUGUCAUUAUUUCUCUUUUCGUCUCACUUCUGUUUGCCUUCUGUCUUUUUCGCUCCUCUCUCUUGCACACUCUCUCUCACUCUGUCUCUCUCUCACUCUGUCUCUCUCACUCUGUCUCUCUCUCUCUCACUCUGUCUCUCUCUCUCACUCUGUCUCUCUCACUCUGUCUCUCUCUCUCACUGUCUCUCUCUCACUCUGUCUCUCACUCUCACUCUGUCUCUCUCACUGUCUCUCUCUCUCACUCUGUCUCUCUCACUCUGUCUCUCUCUCUUUCAGAUGGAGGUAGAGCAGCUCCUCUCUCUCUCAGGCCCGGCAUUGGCCCAGGCUGUAAGUUCUCUGCUGGAGACACCAGGCCUCUACGUGUUCUCAGACAUCCUUGAGCUGCCCAACGUCAGAGAGGUAACACACACACUCACAUGUAAGCACACUCACAUGUAAGCGCACACACACUGACACUCACAUAGUCACAGCCAUUCUCAAGUCACAGCUCUCACUGGAGGAGGUAUAGCUAGAGACCCUAACAAGCCCCCUCUAUCUGUCCCCACACCCACCUUCUUCUACUCUACCCCAAGCUGGAGACAGGCCCGCACGCACCAGUGUAUCAGCUACUCAACCUCUUCGCCUAUGGAACCUACUGUGACUAUAAAGGUACGACAGUGGCAGGCAGCGCUGCAGUGUAAAUAAGUCAUGUAGUAACCCUGGAGCUGUUUUAUUAUUAGCAGUAUUUCUCUCUCUGCCCGUCGGCCCUGCAGGCUAGGCAACUCAUCACUGUCAUAGGUUGUCACAGCCCCCGGUAAUUUACUGAGUCAAUCACAGGACUUUAUUUAAUCCUAUACGAGGAGCCAAGUGACAAUGUUUGGCACGGCAGAGGUUGCGUCCCAAUAACCUCUCUUUUCUCUAGAAGUGUGCACUUGUUCACUUCCCUUCGUGGAUUUGGAAGUAAAUAACUGGUAUAUGGAAACUCCCUCUAGCAUUCCUGGUGAAAAAAUGGGGUCCCCAGAAAUUCUGGCGUAAAAACAUGGGGUCCCUGCUGAAACAGUUUGACUACGACUGCUCUAGCCCCUGCCUACACCAAUCCAAUGCUUUUGUGGGGAGUAGUGAACAAGUGCACACUUCAGGAGGAAGGAGAGAUAAUUGGGACUCAACCAGGGACAGACUUUUCUCAGGUGUUUUGUUAGACAUUCAUAUUAGUUGUAAUUUGUUGCAUUGUCACAAACUGCCAAAUGAAUCCUGAAUACCCUUUGAAAUACCUGAAUAUGUAAAUGACUUGUCAUUCUUUAGCAACACAUUUAGUAACAGGACUUAAUAAGAGACCAGCAAAACGGAAGAGAGAAAUACUAAUCUUAUGUCAACACAUAUCGUUUUCGCAUUCAUAGUGCUUUUUAGAAUUGCAAAAUGGAGCACUGAGAAAAACUGUCAAUACUCAAGUUUUUUUUGAGCAUCCGCACACACACACAAAUUAUUUUUCAUUGUAUUUCCUCGUGGAAUUCAGCAGGCAGCAGCAGUUUCAGCCUGGAGAGAGCCUGUGGAGGAUACCUGUUUCCCUGCUCUGUACUGUCUGACUAAAGGAAUAAUAGCACUGGCCUGCACCCCUGUGUUUGUAAUGCUAUGUCCCUGUCAUGAUGUGUCCCUUUCUUUUGCUCUCUGGCUGUCUGUUUCUUUCCCCCCCUCUUCCUUGUCUGUUUGUGGUAUGUUGUUCUUUUAGAGAGGGCAGCCUCUCUCCCAGAGUUGACCCCAGCCCAGAGGAACAAACUGCGUCACCUCUCCAUCAUCAGUCUGGCAUCCAAUCUCAAGGUAGAAUACCACCCAUUCAUCUUACUCUGCUAGCUUUAGUCCACUUAAUGUGGGUCACUCACAUUAUAAUUAUAGAAAUAGUUUAUAAUAAUAUGUAAAAUAAUGAUAGCCAUCAUUCGUUUGCCAUUUAAUCUGAAGGUAACGCUCUCUGGAUUUAUCUUAUCUAGUUCUUCUGUUUAGUUUGUUAUUAAAGGACUGCAGAUCAAAAACUAAUUUUGUGCAGUAUUUCCAUGGACUCUAAUAGCCUACCUACAAUUGUAGUCCUAACAAUACUCAGCAAGCUUCGUACCUAAAAUAGCAAGUCAUUCGCUCAACUUUUGAUUUUAAUUAUAUGCUCAAGUGUGGUUAUGAGACAACUUGCUUUGUAACUCUGACACAUUAACAAGAUAACUCUGUGUUGUGAAGGACUUUAUUAAGAGCCUGUCUGUGAUGUGAUCUAACUUUAUUUAUAUCACAUAUAUGAGAAUGAUAGCAGCUGAGAUUUAGAUCAUCAUGAGAUACUGGCUAGAUACUGUGUUAAGUAUCCUGUCCUUUCUUCUUUGCGCUCUCUGUCUCUUUAUUUAUUUGUUGCUCUCUGUUGUCUAUCCAUCGAACUCUCCAUUAAGAUUGGCUCUCUCUCUACCUCAUUUUGACCCCAUCCCCAUUUCAUAUUUUUUCUCCCUCUCCUAUCUCUCUUUCUUUACUUGCUUUCAUCCAUCUCUCAUUCUAUCCACUCUCCCCAAUAAAUAAUUGAUUCAUUCAUUUCUCCCUUCCUCUAUUAAUCUCCCUCCCUCCCUCCCUCCCCCAUUUCUCGUCUUUUUCUUCCCGUCUUAUUUCUUAUACUUUCAUAGAAUAAGUAUGCCGCAUUGAAUCUGUAUGGGACACCUUAAUGCAAAGAUUCACCCAUUUUGAAUGUUAUAUUGUUACAUCUCUGAGCAAUGUUCUAUCGAUUCCCGGGGUCAUUUAAUGUUUUCAUGUGUAUCUGGGCUAUUGGCUGGCUGGCUGGCUGUAUUUCUGCCUGCUUUAAUGGCGAAUAACUCAGAUACACAUGAAAACAUGAAAGGACCCCUGGAAUCGACAGAACAUCGCUCAGAGAUGCACAAAAACAUUCAAAAUGGGUGACGCUAUCCUUUACAGUGGCUUGUGAAAGUAUUCACCCCCCUUGGCAUUUUUCCUAUUUUGUUGCCUUACAACCAGGAAUUAAAAUGGGGUUUGUAUAAUUUGAUUUACACAACAUGCCUACCACUUUGAAGAUGCAAAAUAAAAAAAUGUGUGAAACAAACAAGAAAUAAGACGAAAAAACAGAACUUGAGCGUGCAUAACUAUUCAUCCCUCCAAAGUCAAUACUUUGUAGAGCCACCGUUUGCAGCAAUUACAGCUGCAAGUCUCUUGGGGUAUGUCUCUAUAAGCUUAGCACAUCUAGCCACUGGGAUUUUUUGCCCAUUCUUCAAGGCAAAACUGCUCCAGCUCCUUCAAGUUGGAUGGGUUCCGCUGGUGUACAGCAAUCUUUAAGUCAUACCACAGAUUCUCAAUUGGAUUGAGGUCUGAGCUUUGACUAGGCCAUUCCAAGACAUUUAAAUGUUUCCCCAUAAACCACUCGAGUGUUGCUUUAGCAGUAUGCUUAGGGUCAUUGUCCUGCUGGAAGGUGAACCUCCUUCCCAGUCUCAAAUCUCUGGAAGACUGAAACAGGUUUCCCUCAAGAAUUUCCCUGUAUUAGGGCCAUCCAUCAUUCCUUAAAUUCUGACCAGUUUCCCAGUCCCUGCCGAUGGAAAAACUUCCCCACAGCAUGAUGCUGCCACCACCAUGCUUCACUGUGGGGAUGGUGAUGAGAGUUGUUGGGUUUGCGCCAGCCAUAGCGUUUUCCUUGAUGGCCAAAAAGCUCAAUUUUAGUCUCAUCUGACCAGACUACCUUCUUCCAUAUGUUUGGUGAGUCUCCCACAUGCCUUUUGGCGAACACCAAAUGUGUUUGCUUAUUUUUUUCUUUAAGCAAUGGCUUUUUUCUGGCCACUGUUCCGUAAAGCCCAGCUCUGUGGAGUGUACGGCUUAAAGUGGUCCUAUGGACAGAUACUCCAAUCUCUGCUGUGGAGCUUUGCAGCUCCUUCAUGGUUAUCUUUGGUCUCUUUGUUGCCUCUGAUUAAUACCCUCCUUGCCUGGUCUUUGAGUUUUGGUGGGCGGCCCUCUCUUGGCAGGUUUGAUGUGGUGUCAUAUUCUUUCAAUUUUUUAAGAAUGGAUUUAAUGGUGCUCCGUGGGAUGUUCAAAGUUUCUAAUAUUGUUUUAUAACCCAACCCUGAUCUGUACUUCUCCACAACUUUAUCCUUGACUUGUUUGGAGAGCUCCUUGGUCUUCAUGGUGCCGCUUGCUUGGUGGUGCCCCUUGCUUAGUGGUGUUGCAGACUCUGGGGCCUUUCAGAACAGGUGUAUACAGUUGAAGUCAGACGUUUACAUACACUUAGGUUGGAGUCAUUAAAACUUGUUUUUCAACCACUCCACACAUUUCUUGUUAACAAACUAUAGUUUUGGCAAGUCGGUUAGGACAUCUACUUUGUGCAUGACACAAGUAAUUUUUCCAACAAUCGUUUAGAUACAUUAUUUCACUUAUAAUUCACUGUAUCACAAUUCCAGUGGCUCAGAAGUUUACAUACACUAAGUUGACUGUGCCUUUAAACAGCUUGGAAAAUUCCAGAAAAUGAUGUCAUGGCUUUAGAAGCUUCUGAUAGGCUAAUUGACAUCAUUUGAGUCAAUUGGAGGUGUACCUGUGGAUGUAUUUCAAGGCUUACCUUCAAACUCAGUGCCUCUUUGCUUGACAUCAUGGGAAAAUCAAAAUAAAUCAGCCAAGACCUCAGAAAAACAAUUGUAGACCUCCACAAGUCUGGUUCAUCCUUGGGAGCAAUUUCCAAACGCCUGAAGGUACCACGUUCAUCUGUACAAACAAUAGUACGCAAGUAUAAACACCAUGGGACCACGCAACCGUCAUACCGCUCAGGAAGGAGACGCGUUCUGUCUCCUAGAGAUGAACGUACUUUGGUACGAAAAGUGCAAAUCAAUCCCAGAACAACAGCAAAGGAUCUUGUGAAGAUGCUGGAGGAAACAGGUACAAAAGUAUCUAUAUCCACAGUAAAACGAGUCCUAUAUCGACAUAACCUGAAAGGCCACUCAGCAAGGAAGAAGACACUGCUCCAAAACCGCCAUAAAAAAGCCAGACUACGGUUUGCAACUGCACAUGGGGACAAAGAUCGUACUUUUUGGAGAAAUGUCCUCUGGUCUGAUGAAACAAAAAUAGAAAUGUUUGUCCAUUAUGACCACUGUUAUGUUUGGAGGAAAAGGGGGGUGGCUUGCAAGCUGAAGAUCACCAUCCCAACUGUGAAGCACGGGGGUGGCAGCAUCAUGCUGUGGGGGUGCUUUGCUGCAGGAGGGACUGGUGCACUUCACAAAAUAGAUGGCAUCAUGAGGAAGGAAAAUGAUGUGGAUAUAUUGAAGCAACAUCUCAAGACAUCAGUCAGGAAGUUAAAGAUUGGUCGCAAAUGGGUCUUCCAAAUGGACAAUGACCCCAAGCAUACUUCCAAAGUUGUGGCAAAAUGGCUUAAGGACAAUAAAGUCAAGGUAUUGGAGUGGGCAUCACAAAGCCCUGACCUCAAUCCUAUAGAAAAUGUGUGGGCAGAACUGAAAAAGUGUGUGCGAGCAAGGAGGCCUACAAACCUGACUCAGUUACACCAGCUCUGUCAGGAGGAAUGGGCCAAAAUUCACCCAACUUAUUGUGGGAAGCUUGUGGAAGGAUACCCGAAACAUUUGACCCAAGUUAAACAAUUUUAAAGGCAAUGCUACCAAAUACUAAUUGAGUGUAUGUAAACUCCUGACCCACUGGGGAUGUGAUGAAAUAAAUAAAAGCUGAAAUAAAUCAUUCUCUACUAUUAUUCUGACAUUUCACAUUCUUAAAAUAAAGUGGUGAUCCGAACUGCCCUAAAACAGGGAAUUUUUACUAGGAUUAAAUGUCAGGAAUUGUGAAAAACCGAGUUUAAAUGUAUUUGGCUAAGGUGUAUGUAAACUUCCGACUUCAACUGUAUAUACUGAGAUCAUGAGACACUUAAAUAUAGUCCACCUGUGUGCAAUGUAACUAAUUAUGUGACUUCUGAAGGUAAUUGGUUGCACCAGAUCUUAUUUAGGGGCUUCAUAGCAAAGGGGGUGAAUACAUAUGCACGCACCACUUUUCCGUUAUUUAUUUUUUAGAAUUCUUUGAAGCAAGUUAUUUUUUUCACUUCACCAAUUUUGACUAUUUUGUGUGUGUCCAUUACAUGAAAUCCAAAUAAAAAUCCAUUUAAAUUACAGGUUGUAAUGCAACAAAAUAGGAAAAACGCGAAGGGGGAUGAAUACUUUUUCAAGGCACUGCAAUUGGCUAAUAAAGACUUGUUAAAGCCCCCAUGCAGUCUUUGUAAUUUUAUUUUUAAAUCAUCACUGUAUGUCUAAUAAAUCACUGUUUAUUUAAUGAAAAUAACUACAAAAUAUAUAUUUGUAUAAUUUAUUUCCCCGAGCCUCCUUUGGCCCUAGAAAUGCUCAGUUUUAUUGUGUGGGUGUUAGGGAACACAUUUUAAGAUAUUUACAUAAACAGCCCUGAUUGGCUGAUAGGAUGGUCUAAAGCCCAACCCCUUACCCAGAUGAACAGUCAUUGGUCUAUUAUAAUCAUAUCACAUUGUGACAUCAUGUUGGCCAAAAGUUCCACCACACCUGAACAGGCUGAAAUUCCAGGCAUUUUUUUCAAACAGCUUUUACAAAAAAAGGGCAUUAUCAUAAUUUUCACCAUUUCUGGAUUUCUGACCUCAUAGUGUGAAAAUAUAUAAAUAAAUAAAAAGUUACAUCCAAUGUUUUACUGCACUGCCGCUUUAAAACUCCAAACUCCCCUCCUCUCUCUCUGGUAGCUAUUUUGAUGGAAUGGUUUUGUACAUUUAUAUUGACCCCUCCCUUCCUCUACCCCUCGCUCUUACCUUUCCAUUCCUCACUCUUACAUCAUCUCUUCUAUCUCCUCACUGAAGUAAUAAAGAGCAUCUCAAAUUCAACAUCUUUCUCUCUCCCUGUCUGUGCCAGGUAACUUCUGUUGACCCAACAUAAUAGAAUUUGACAUUCUCUGUCUCCCUCUUCCCCCAGUGCCUGCCCUACUCCCUGCUCCUGCAGCAGCUGGAGCUGAAGAACGUGCGGGAGCUGGAGGACCUGCUGAUCGAGGCGGUCUACUGUGACAUCAUUCAGGGCAAGCUGGACCAGAGGAACCAGCAGGUGGAGGUGGACUGCAGCGUGGGCCGAGACCUGGGGCCCAACGAGCUGCCCAACAUAGCCAACACACUGCAGGAGUGGUGAGUUGGUGAUAUGUGUGUGAGAGAGAGCCGUGCAUGUGCCAGGGUUUUGAGUCAAUUCCAUUUAAAUUCAGGAAGUAAACUGAACCCCCCCCCCCUCCCUCAAAUAUGGAAAUGAAAUUGCAAUUUCAGUUUACUUCAUGAAUUAAAUGGAAGUGACCCCAACCCUGGUGUGUAGGAUGAGGUUAUGAGGUUCUCAAUGUUUGGUUACUGUGCCGCCCUGCAGUCAUCAAAUCAAAACUUUAUUUAUAGAACACGUUCCUUACAGUGGAUGCAUAAUAAUGCACAAUACGCUUUCUAAAUGAGACUAAAAUAGUAAAACAAUAAAAUAACAGUGGACAUGAUAGAUACAAUAAAUAAGAAUGGGAUGAAAUAGAUAGUAUGAUCAGUCAUAUCAGUGUCUAAAUAAUUAUCUGUCUCUCUCUCUCUCAGGUGUUCAGGGUGUGAGGCGGUCCUGUGUGGGAUCGAGGAGCAGGUAACCAGAGCCAAUCAAUACAGAGAGAGCCAGCUGAAGAUCAAAGUUCAGGUGGAGACAGAGGUUAGUACCAGUAGCCACUUUUCUCUGGGUAGAGUCAAAGAUUAUCUAUUAUAUUGACAAGAUAGUCGAGUGACCGCUCUAACAAUGGAAAUCCAUGUCCUCAAAGAUGGAAGGCAGGCGGGAGGAGGUGAGAUCAGGUGGGUCCAUUCUAGCUAAUGAGAGGGCAGAUACGAGUAUCAACAACAGGCACAACUCCGUUAUAAAGUCGUUUUGCCACGUGUCAAAAUGCCACGUGCAUCCACUUAUAUCAGUGCAUUCAUAACAACUUAACCAUUACGAUAGCAAAUUAGCAAUUCAAUGUUUUGUUGACCAAAUUUGACACUCAUUAACCUCAAUACAAAAAUUCCUCACUUUUUGGUCUUAUUUUCGUGGACAUGUUUUGGCCAGAGUAAACCCUCUCGCUUCUCCUCUUCCUCUCUGGUAGAGGUGAAACCAUAAGCAAAACUUAUACUCAUUACUCAAUGACCUAAUUCAGUGUCCAAUUUAGAGCUCUGUCCAGUGCCUUUAUUUAGGCUGUAAGCCACAGGUGGCUUUUCUGUCCUCUGAGUCUUCUCCAGCUUGAGGUAGAAGUUACUCUCUAACCUCUUCUUAUUAGAAAUAAUAACAACACCAUAAGCGUUUCACACUACUGAGCCAAACCAGUGCCAAGCUGUAUUGGGCUGGCCUGGUUACGCAUCCACCAUAGCUGCUGGAAAGGACUUUGUGAGAAGAAAAUAUCAGAGCCAGCCCAGUACAUUCCGAAUCGGCCUUGUUUGAAUCAGGCACUUCUAUUCUGUCCUAAACUUCAUUAGUUUACCUUUCCUUCUCUCUCUCCAUCCCUCUCUCUCAGGUGUCAAACCUCCAGAAAACGCUAAAGGCCAGCUCCGCCUCCCCGUCAUCCGGCCCCGCCGCCGCGGGAGCCGCAUCCAAUCAAGAUGCAGACCAGCCGGCCGAGCCACGAGACCCUGCCUCCUCUCAGGAACCACGGCAACCGGGCAAGAAGAGUUCAAAGGUCAAGGGGUAAGUAAGGUGAUGUUCCUUAGGUCAAUUCCAUAUUUUCAUUGUUUGUCUGUGUAUUUUUUUUUUUUUAUAGGGGUUACCAUUUGAUGUUGGUGGGCUAUCCUCAGGUUCAUUAGGGCAAGCAACAGAAACCAUUUUUAAACAUUUCGCAACAAACAAGAAAAAUAAGUCCAGGUAAUAGCUGUUUGUCCUAGGUGCCUUAUGAACAUGACCUCGUCCUUCCAGGGUCACGGCAGAGAAGAGGUUCAAGCUGAGGCAAGAAGAAACAUUUCUGUGUCGCAAAAACAUUCCAAUAGCUUCAGACGAAUUCAAACGGCACGGAAUAGAUUAUGCAGCCACUGCGUUUCGUGUCAUUUCGCAGCGUCUUCCACUCGAACACAGUAAUAUUUUGGUUGUUUGUACAACAAACAUCCAUUUAAACGCCAGCUGCCAGUGGAAGUGGAAAUAGUGACUGUGUGUGUGUCUGCAUAGCGUAUCUUCAUUAGCCAGAGAGGCUGUGCUUUGUGGCGGUACUCACAGGGCUACCUGGGGCCCUCUCUCUCUUCUUGGCCAAUUACAACACUAAUUCCUCAUCUGUCAUGGAUUUUUUUUUAAAUGUCAGUAAAGUGAAUUACAAAAAAAAAAUAGCUUCAGGUGCUGAAAGGAAAUGUUUUAUUUUUUAUUACAUGACAGGAUGAGUUUUUCUGUUCCAGUUAAAGGAGUGAUUAUAAUUCACUUACUGGGUGACAUUUUGGCAGUGAAAGAAACAUGUAGAGAUGAUUUAACAUACUCGGUGGCAUGGGACUUUAUUCACUGGAGAUUUGGAUUGCCUCACAUGAAAAGCUUCUCAUGGUAGGAGUAAUACAGUAUAUAGUCAUUUGUUUGCCAACAUUGUAAUCGUAACAUCCCUACAAUAAUAUGUGGUGUAAUGAGUUGGACCAAAGGUGACAAAAGCCAUCAUAAACAGACCUUGUUCAUAACUGUGUUAUGUGUUACAACUAUCGUAAAACUUGAACUAAACAGCCAGUAACUUAUUUGCUUGAUUUGGGAAAUUGCCCAGGGGGGUAUACUACAAAGCAGGAUCAAUGAGUUAGCCAGCUAAAGCCAGCUUUCUUUUUCAGAAUAUUUAGGCAAGUUAGCUGGCUAACUCAUUUAUCCAGAGCCCUAUACUAUGAAUCUGGUUUGAGGAAUUAGCGAGUUAACUUUGGUCAACUCUGAGUUCAACUCGGGAUAACCGGUGACACGAAUGUGGCUAUAUUUCUAUAGCAAAGAAUCCUUCAGAACUAACCUGCUCUGGGGCAGACUAACUCAGGGCGAACUCCUUUUAUUCUGAAUGAAGUGUCUGAGCCGCGAGUUGAGGACCAAUUAAAUCAUAUUCCCUCCCCUCGCAAAGACUGUCAUCAUCCCCUUCAUUUGAGAAAGACAACUGAUUAAAUACUUUAUUAAUCAAAUGUUUUUUGUGUGUACAUUAAUAAAAAUGCUAAAAUACCUUUUACACAUUUAGUAAUGACAGAAUGCAUUUGAAACUUCACGCACAGUAAAACAUUUGGAAUGUUAUCGAUAGUAGUGGUUAAAAGGUGCUUGUGCAUAGAUAGGCACGCCAAAGAUGGCAUUACGAUACGUAAUAAAAAGACGGCAUUUUAACAGCCUGUUUCACACCAUAUACUGCUGAAUUUGCAAGAUAACUUUUCUUUCAUUCUGAUUUCGGCACAAAGGAAAGUGAGACACUGACUCGCCCAUGGAUUAAUGUUUCAGCAUUGUCUUAGUGAAGAGUUUGCCGUUCGAGUAGCGAAGUGCGACAUGAACACGCAGUUACAAGCUCAGCUCGAGCAGACUCGAGUAAGCGGCGGGUGCACGAUCAAUAUCCACCUUGCACCUUCGUAACAUGGAUAAAGCCUGAGCUGGAAUAUGAAGCUAACUGAAGCUGGCUAGCUUUAUAAAACCCGGAGUAGAUCUAGCUUGCAUCGUAGUAUACACCUCUUGUACAGGAUGCUAACAGGUGACUGACGUUUCUUCCUCAUACCCCUCUUUUGUUUAUUGAAGACAGGCGUGUAUUGGAGAUAAGCCUUUAAUGUCGUGUGGACUGUGGACAUGCAUUACCUCUUAUAAUAUGCUGAUCUGCUCCUACCUGUAGAUAUAUUUAUUAGGAAAUAUAUUUUCAUUUUAUUCAGAUAGCAUGAAAUGAGUGGGGAUACAGAGACCGGGAGAUGAGGAUUAACGGUGGGGUCGGGAUGUGUGCUGCAGGCCGUGACCUUACGCUACGCUAUACCAGCCUCAGGCACACAUACAGUGGGGAGAACAAGUAUUUGAUACACUGCCGAUUUUGCAGGUUUUCCUACUUACAAAGCAUGUAGAGGUCUGUAAUUUUUAUCAUAGGUACACUUCAACUGUGAGAGACGGAUUCUAAAACAAAAAUCCAGAAAAUCACAUUGUAUGAUUUUUAAGUAAUUAAUUUGCAUUUUAUUGCAUGACAUACAGUGGGGGAAAAAAGUAUUUAGUCAGCCACCAAUUGUGCAAGUUCUCCCACUUAAAAAGAUGAGAGGCCUGUAAUUUUCAUCAUAGGUACACGUCAACUAUGACAGACAAAAUGAGAAGAAAAAAUCCAGAAAAUCACAUUGUAGGAUUUUUAAUGAAUUUAUUUGCAAAUUAUGGUGGAAAAUAAGUAUUUGGUCAAUAACAAAAGUUUCUCAAUACUUUGUUAUAUACCCUUUGUUGGCAAUGACACGGGUCAAACGUUUUCUGUAAGUCUUCACAAGGUUUUCACACACUGUUGCUGGUAUUUUGGCCCAUUCCUCCAUGCAGAUCUCCUCUAGAGCAGUGAUGUUUUGGGGCUGACGCUGGGCAACACAGACUUUCAACUCCCUCCAAAGAUUUUCUAUGGGGUUGAGAUCUGGAGACUGGCUAGGCCACUCCAGGACCUUGAAAUGCGUCUUACGAAGCCACUCCUUCGUUGCCCGGGCGGUGUGUUUGGGAUCAUUGUCAAGCUGAAAGACCCAGCCACGUUUCAUCUUCAAUGCCCUUGCUGAUGGGAGGUUUUCACUCAAAAUCUCACGAUACAUGGCCCCAUUCAUUCUUUCCUUUACACGGAUCAGUCGUCCUGGUCCCUUUGCAGAAAAACAGCCCCAAAGCAUGAUGUUUCCACCCCCAUGCUUCACAGUAGGUAUGGUGUUCUUUGGAUGCAACUCAGCAUUCUUUCAAACACGACGAGUUGAGUUUUUACCAAAAAGUUAUAUUUUGGUUUCAUCUGACCAUAUGACAUUCUCCCAAUCCUCUUCUGGAUCAUCCAAAUGCACUCUAGCAAACUUCAGACGGGCCUGGACAUGUACUGGCUUAAGCAGGGGGACACGUCUGGCACUGCAGGAUUUGAGUCCCUGGCGGCGUAGUGUGUUACUGAUGGUAGGCUUUGUUACUUUGGUCCCAGCUCUCUGAAGGUCAUUCACUAGGUCCCCCCGUGUGGUUCUGGGAUUUUUGCUCACCGUUCUUGUGAUCAUUUUGACCCCACGGGGUGAGAUCUUGCGUGGAGACCCAGAUCGAGGGAGAUUAUCAGUGGUCUUGUAUGUCUUCCAUUUCCUAAUAAUUGCUCCCACAGUUGAUUUCUUCAAACCAAGCUGCUUACCUAUUGCAGAUUCAGUCUUCCCAGCCUGGUGCAGGUCUACAAUUUUGUUUCUGGUGUCCUUUGACAGCUCUUUGGUCUUGGCCAUAGUGGAGUUUGGAGUGUGACUGUUUGAGGUUGUGGACAGGUGUUUUUUAUACUGAUAACAAGUUCAAACAGGUGCCAUUAAUACAGGUAACGAGUGGAGGACAGAGGAGCCUCUUAAAGAAGAAGUUACAGGUCUGUGAGAGCCAGAAAUCUUGCUUGUUUAUAGGUGACCAAAUACUUAUUUUCCACCAUAAUUUGCAAAUAAAUUCAUUAAAAAUCUUACAAUGUGAUUUUCUGGAAAAAAAAUUCUCAAUUUGUCUGUCAUAGUUGACGUGUACCUAUGAUGAAAAUUACAGGCCUCUCUCAUCUUUUUAAGUGGGAGAACUUGCACAAUUGGUGGCUGACUAAAUACUUUUUUCCCCCACUGUAAGUAUUUGAUACAUCAGAAAAGCAGAACUUAAUAUUUGGUACAGAAACCUUUGUUUGCAAUUACAGAGAUCAUACGUUUCCUGUAGGUCUUGAACAGGUUUGCACACACUGCAGCAGGGAUUUUGGCCCACUCCUCCAUACAGACCUUCUCCAGAUCCUUCAGGUUUCGGGGCUGUCGCUGGGCAAUACGGACUUUCAGCUCCCUCCAAAGAUGUUCUAUUGGGUUCAGGUCUGGAGACUGGCUAGGCCACUCCAGGACCUUGAGAUGCUUCUUAUGGAGCCACUCCUUAGUUGCCCUGGCUGUGUGUUUCGGGUCUUUGUCAUGCUGGAAGACCCAGCCACGACCCAUCUUCAAUGCUCUUACUGAGGGAAGGAGGUUGUUGGCCAAGAUCUCGCGAUACAUGGCCCCAUCCAUCCUCCCCUCAAUACGGUGCAGUCGUCCUGUCCCCUUUGCAGAAAAGCAUCCCCAAAGAAAUGUUUCCACCUCCAUGCUUCACGUUUGGGAUGGUUUUCUUGGGGUUGUACUCAUCCUUCUUCUUCCUCUAAACACGGCGAGUGGAGUUUAGACCAGAAAGGUCUAUUUUUGUCUCAUCAGACCACAUGACCUUCUCCCAUUCCUCCUCUGGAUCAUCCAGAUGGUCAUUGGCAAACUUCAGACGGGCCUGGACAUGCGCUGGCUUGAGCAGGGGGACCUUGCGUGCGCUGCAGGAUUUUAAUCCAUGUCGGCGUAGUGUGUUACUAAUGGUUUUCUUUGAGACUGUGGUCCCAGCUCUCUUCAGGUCAUUGACCAGGUCCUGCCAUGUAGUUCUGGGCAGAUCCCUCACCUUCCUCAUGAUCAUUGAUGCCCCACAACGUGAGAUCUUGCAUGGAGCCCCAGACCGAGGGUGAUUGACCUUCAUCUUGAACUUCUUCCAUUUUCUAAUAAUUGCGCCAACAGUUGUUGCCUUCUCACCAAGCUGCUUGCCUAUUGUCCUGUAGCCCAUCCCAGCCUUGUGCAGGUCUACAAUUUUAUCCCUGAUGUCCUUACACAGCUCUCUGGUCUUGGCCACUGUAGAGAGGUUGGAGUCUGUUUGAUUGAGUGUGUGGACAGGUGUCUUUUAUACAGGUAACGAGUUCAAACAGAUGCAGUUAAUACAGGUAUUGAGUGGAGAACAGGAGGGCUUCUUAAAGAAAAACUAAGGUCUGUGAGAGCCGGAAUUCUUACUGGUUGGUAGGUGAUCAAAUACUUAUGUCAUGCAAUAAAAUGCAAAUGAAUUACUUAAUCAUACAAUGUGAUUUUCUGGAUUUUUGUUUUAGAUUCCGUCUCUCACAGUUGAAGUGUACCUAUGAUAAAAAUUACAGACCCCUACAUGCUUUGUAAGUAGGAAAACCUGCAAAAUCGGCAGUGUAUCAAAUACUUGUUCUCCCCACUGUAUAUUUGCAAACAAAUAUAUAUAUAUAUAUUUUUGUAUACCUGCCGUUUAGGGGCCUUUUUUUCCCACUGACAUUCUCACUUGACAUGCAGGGAUCAAUCAUCUAGCGCAUUGUUUCCCAAGCUCGGUCCUGGGGACUCCCAAAGGGUGCAUGUUUUGGUUUUUGCCCUAGCACUACACAGCUGAUUCAAAUAAUCAAAGCUUACUGAUGAGUUUGGGAAACACUGAUCUAGCGCGAGGUGCAGAGUGUGAAAUUACCUCGGAGCAGAGCGCCAAUCUGCCUUCACGAGAAAUUACACUUUGAUACCCGUCUGUUAGAUACCGGCGUUUAUUUGCUACAAUGUGAAGCUAAACCCGCCCUUUAUAAGAGACGGACGCUUGUUGGAGACAUCUUUUUAGGGUCAUGUAAUAACUGUUGUUUGUUUUCUGUCUAAGGCUCCGCGGAAGUGGGAAGAUCUGGUCCAAGUCCAACUGAAGGCAGAGACGCAGAGAGAGAGACCCGGAACACCCCCACUGAUCCACUGACAAUGGACGGACUGACACACAGGUUGACAGACACGUAGACUCACACAGACUCAUAGACUGAUAAUGUGACCAAUGCACAGACAGACAGACAGAUUUACACACAUCGUACACAUUCACGCAAACACACACACACACACACACACACAAAUAUAUACAGACACUGAGUCAGACAGACACACUUGCAGUGAGUGACAGACUGACACCCAUUCUGAUAGGUGUGUACACACACAACCAGACAGACAGACGGACUAUCUGCACUGUGUAUAUACACAGACCCAAACCCAUUCUAACAUGUACACAGAGUAUAAUCUGCACUGGGCAAAGCUUUGCUGCUGUCGGUCUUGUCAGGAGAAGCAGAGCCACAAGCAGUGAAACCGAAUGUGUGUAUUUGAUUGUGUUACACUUUUUGUUUGUUUGUAUUUUUUUCUGCUGAGGAUUGAGUUAAGACAUGUAUAAAAUCAGGAUAUUAAUUAAUUGUUGGUAUUAAAUUGAACCCCUCUAUUAA